AGAGACUUUAGGACGCGGGGCCCAGAACCAGAUGGUCCGGAGGAGACGCGCCAGCUCCCGCCGCAGCACCCGGAGCGGUGAAGCCCCGCCGCGCCGCAGGACCUGAGCCGGCCCGGGUGGGCAGCGCAGCCGGGGGCCGUGCCCAGCGCGGGGGACUGAGGCAGGGUCCGGAGCCCCCCCCCCAGGCCGAGCGGGGGCACGCGCAACCCGUCCGGGGGGGCCCCCCCUGCGUCGUCUUCUCCUCCCCGCAUCCCCCUUUGCUUUCAUGCAACGCCUGGUGGCCUGGGACGCAGCAUGCCUCCCCAUCCAGCCGCCCGCCUUUAAAUCGAUGGAAGUGGCUAAUUUCUAUUACGAGGCGGACUGUCUGGCUGCUCUCAACAAGCUGCACCCGCGGGCGGCCGGGGGCCGCUCCAUGACCGAGCUCACCGUCGGGGACCACGAGCGAGCCAUCGACUUCAGCCCCUACCUGGACCCCUUAGCAUCCCAGCAGCCGGCGCAGCCGCCUCCUCCGGCAGCAGCAGCAGGGGGCAACUUUGAGCCUCCCUGCAGCAGCGGCGGCGGCCAAGAUUUCCUUUCCGAUCUCUUCGCCGAGGACUAUAAAGGCAGCGGCGGGAGCAAGAAGCCCGACUACACCUACAUCAGCCUCGCCCGGCACGGCCACCCCUGCGCCAGCCAGAGCCACAAGCCGGGGGGGCUGCCGGGCUGCUUCCCGCCCCAGAUCGUGGAAACCAAAGUGGAGCCGGUCUUCGAGACCCUGGACUCUUGCAAAGGGCCCCGGAAGGAAGAAGGGGGAGCCGGGCCGGGACCGGGGGGCAUGUCCUCGCCCUACGGCAGCACCGUGCGCUCCUACCUGGGUUACCAGUCGGUGCCGAGCGGCAGCAGCGGGAACCUGUCCACCUCGUCCUCCUCCAGCCCCCCCGGCACCCCCAACCCCUCCGAGUCCUCCAAGUCCGCCGCCGCCGGCGGGGGCUACUCCGCCCCCCCGGCGGGCAAGAACAAGCCCAAGAAGUGCGUGGACAAGCACAGCGACGAGUACAAGCUCCGCCGGGAGAGGAACAACAUCGCGGUGCGCAAGAGCCGCGACAAAGCCAAAAUGCGCAACCUGGAGACGCAGCACAAAGUCUUGGAACUGACGGCCGAGAACGAGCGGCUGCAGAAGAAGGUGGAGCAGCUCUCCCGGGAGCUGAGCACCCUCAGGAACUUGUUCAAACAGCUGCCCGAGCCCCUCAUCGCCUCCUCGCCUCGCUGCUGACCCCCGGCCGGGCCGCGGGGCGAGCGGAGCCGCCGGCUCCUCGCCCUGCUCAGCGCUCCUGCCGGGCCGGGGCGAGGGGAGAGCCCGGGGGGGCGGGUUGCUUGGUUGGUUUUUAAUUUUUUUUUUUGGCCGGUCGGUUUUUUUUUUUUUUGG